AUGAAUUUAUCAAUCGCGCCGAAGAUGGAUCCCUUCGCAAAAUUCCUAACCGAAAUUAUUUGUCAAAUUCUCGAAUCUUGCUACGACUUCACCAGCUUGGACGGUCUUCAACAAAUAUCUCCCCGAGUGAAGGAAGCUUUCAACGGCUCGUUCAAAAGCAUCACCGAACACGUCCUGAGAAAUUGCUCCCUCACCUCGCACGGGCUUUAUUACUAUUUCACGCUCCUAGCCUCCAUUCUAUCGAUAUCAUUCACUCCACAAGCACUACUAGAAGAGCUCGCUGGCUUACCAUGGGAUACUAUAAAUAUAGCAGCGAAAAUACAUCUCACUGCCUGUGCUUGUCUUCAGCGUUUCAUCAAUCGUCUCGAGUCCGUAGAGCCCCGCCGUCCUAUGGCUUCCCAUGCCAAUGUUGUGGAUUGGGUGAAUAGAAGACUUCCACCACCUAAAGGUGGCGAGCUCAUCCAAUUCGAUGUUGAUCUACCAUCAUGGAUCGAGUCUUAUCGGACGCAUCGAGGCCUCUGGAAACUUGAGCUCUUCCACCAGAUCCAUAAUGCUGCAACAAACCACUGGCUAUGGUCUACGCAUGAUCUGGACUGCUUUAUUGAACAAUAUCUGGAAUGGUGUCAGUAUCGGGGGGGAAUAGAAGAGCUCCAGACGAUUUCGGAGUGCGUGGUCGAUCUAUGUCCCUCCAAACCAAUAAUUCUCAGCCAUCGGGCUUCAUAUUUAGUUGCCGUUCCGUCACCAACCGAUUUGACGGUACAGACGUGCUGCCCUCUGUCAAAUAUACAAGAUACACAACUUGAUUCGACAUGGCGUCGGAGUCCGAGAUUUGCGAAGGGCAGAAACGACGUGCUUGGUUCUUUCAAUGCCCUUCGUGGCGGUGAAAAAGGCCGCAGUUAUCACGCUCUCUGGAAAGUGGAUUUCAAAGCAUUUCGACGACUUGGUAUACCUCUUUGGGACAUGCGGCGAUUGUACCAAAUGAGACUCAUGCAUCAAUCUCGCAGUGUGCUUUCACCACGGGGCAACUUGGUUGGCGGAGAGUCAGAACAAACUGAAUGGCCCCCUUGUAUUGAAGCCUACGUAUGGUUUAGUCUAGCAGAGGAGGGUGAUGUGAUUGUACAGCUUAGAAAAUAA